GUCAUACAGACAGGUCCACUGUUCCAGAAUCUUUUUUAUUAACCUACCAUCAUAACCAAUAGUGAUUGCUACAGUAUGUCUGACUUCGUAAUGUAUUUGACUACAACGUCAACCGAACAAGGAUCCCGCUGAGGCUGGUGACUCACUCCCGCGGUCGCUGACUGUAGACUGCCAGGUGUCAACGUCAGGUUAAUCAGAUCAGCAAAGAAAAAGUGGCACAUCAGCAGUGAGAUCCAUCCACCGAGGCACGCCACCAGUGAGAUCCAUCCACCGAGGCACGCCACCAGUGAGAUCCAUCCACCGAGGCUCCCCAGUAGGGAGAUCCAUCCACAGAGGCACCCCAGUAAUGAGAUCCAUCCACCGAGGUACGUCAGCAAUGAGAUCCAUCCACCGAAGCACGUCAGCAGUGAGAUCUGUCCACCAAGACGCGCCAGCAGUGAGAUCCGUUCACCUAGGGAACACAGCACCUUCUCUAGUCCUAUCACAGCACCCUGAGCCAACCACAACAACCAGUCUGCAAACUUCCCUCCUGCGUAAUAUAUUAACAAACCAGGAAAUGAUGAUGGACCAAAUGGGAAUCCUCUUUAAGACCUUAGAGGGUAUGAAAUCGACUGAUGAAGCAGAGAUAGGCCUGGAUCCACUCAAAGAUGUCAGUGCUCUUCAGAACCUGGAGGAACAACUUUCUCCAGACUACUGUGUUGACCCUGUUGGGGCUGUGGGGGGCCUGGAUCCCCCCUGUCCUGCCCUCCUGCACCACAGGCCAACCAGUAGAGUGCAGUGCUGCCCAGUCAGCUCCCGGGACCAACCUGGCUGGUGAGGGUUUUGAUGUGGUCACCAUGGAGCGCAAGCAGGCCUAUGUGGUGGACGUGGAUAACUGGAGGAAGACCCAGAACGGGACCUGUACACUCUGUGUUAACCCUUUCAUGGAGGGACAGACUCCGAGGCUCCCAGUGGCUGUGGUGGACUGGAGACCCACACAACAAUGUCACAUGAAGAUAUCCAGCACGGUCUACGACUCCAGUGAGGCAUUUGUGAACCAGAGUCAAACAGAGGUAGAUGACAGUUGGAUGAUUGGUCUGGACUUGAUAACCCCCCAGGCAAAGGGGUCAGUCAUGGUGGGGGGUACCCACUCCAGAUCUGCUAAGAGAGUCAUGGAUCAGUCCAAACAGGACAAGUACAGCUUCAUCAAACUGGAAACACACUGCUCCUAUUACAGUUACCGGUUGAUUAAGGACCCUCCUCUACAUCCUGAGUUUUCUCGCUCCCUGGGUCUCCUUCCUCCCCUCUACAACACCCAGACCAAGGCUGAAUACACCCGUUUCCUUGCCACCUUUGGCACCCACUACAUCAGGAAGGUUCAACUGGGGGGGCGGGUGAAGAGUGUCACCUCCCUGAGAGUGUGUGAGGCGUCCCUGAAGGGUUACAAUGAGAAUGAGGUCAAGGACUGUCUGGAAGUUGAGGCCUCUGUUGCCACCAGUACUGAAACAGCUGAAGUCAAAACAGAGACCAAGUUCUGCAAGAAUGACCUUAAAAUUCACGACACCAAAGAGAGUUUCAGCAGCAUGUUUAAUGACAGGUUUACUGAGGUGGUGGGGGGACAGACGGAUGGAGCCACUGACCUGCUCUUCUCCAGGACGGGUGGAACCUCCAAGGGCUUCACUGAUUGGGCAAAAACCCUGAAAACUGUUCCAGACAUCAUCAGUUACUCCCUCCAUCCCCUCCACCUUUUGGUGAAGCAUGCCAGUAAGAGGGCAGGGCUGAAGAAAGCAGUGGAGGACUACAUCCUGGAACACGCCCUGGUCAAGCACUGCUCUGGGAAGUGUAAGAGUGGCUCCAAGCCCAGUGCCCAUGACUCCUGCCAGUGUGUGUGUCAGGCCAGCAAGGAGAUGAACAGACAGUGCUGCCCGCAGGAGAAAGGCCUGGCCCGACUAACGGUCACCAUGAUGUACGCCAAGGAUCUUUACGGGGACACUAGUUCAGAGACAGAUGGUUUUGUCAAGGUGGUCAUGGGUUCUGAAACGAAGCAGACAGGUGUGAUUGAAGGCAACGACAACCCCAGAUGGGAUGAAACCUUGGUAUUUAACACCGUCAAGCUUUCCCUGGCCAGUGAGCUCAAGUUUGAAGUUUACGACGAAGACAUUUGGUGGUUCAAUGGAAAAGACGACCUUUUAGGGGAGUGCAUCGUCCGACCUGUCAAAGCGGGGUCUUAUAACAAUGAAAUGUGUUCACUAAAUCAUGGCAACUUGUUCUACUCCUACAUGGUUGAAUGUUUCCCAGGACUUGGGGGCCCAACCUGUGGGGAGUACAGGCCCUCUCCGAUGAAUUCUGCCCUUUCUGGCAUCUAUACCUCCCGUAACGCCCUGAACAUGACCCAGGAUCUACUGGCUCACAUCAGGAUGGUCCGGUCCCCAGUAGACCCGUUGGCCUUCAUGAUGAAGCAGAAAGCAAAUGAUCAACCUCGUCUCUCUCUGCCCUCAAUGAGCUGUGAUCAAAACCUUAUGCAGAGUAAUGCACUGUAAACCUUAGCCUGCCUAACCUACUUUAUUGCAUGUGAUUUCUAAAUGUAUUUUUCUCAACAAGAAAGCAAUUUACAUCAAUAAUAAAGAAUCAAACACUCCAAAAUAAUAUAAAAGAGAACAAGUAUAUUUGAAUACCAUACAGUGCUUUUCUGGUAAUGGUAAUGUUUUACUUUAGGUUCUGUAAGUAUAUUUGGCUCUACAUUAACAACAGAAAUGUUACAUUAGACCUCUACGUAUGUGUCCAUCCUCUCAUAACUGUACCUUUCUGUUUGUGC